AUGCUUUUCCGGAGCUUGCGUGACGAUAACCAUCGUAAGGAACAGCCCGACCAUGCAAAAAACCUUCCCAUCAUCAACGAGGUUCCUUUUCUAGGAAACGAUUCACUGCCGUACAGUCCGCCCGUGUAUCCCACUCCGAAUGUAUCUGGACUAGGAUAUUGGGACGAUGCAGUGGGUAAAGCCCGGAGUGAUGUAGAAAAGCUAAAUCUGACCGACCUUGUGGAUCUUGUUACAGGCAGCGGUUGGGGCAAUGGCCCCUGUGUGGGCAACAUCAAGGCACUUUCCAAGAUCAAUUUUAAAGGUCUUUGUUUGCAAGACAGUCCCGAUGGCCUGCGUGGUGUGGAUCGAGUCACGGUAUUCCCCGACGGCAUAACCACAGGUGCUACUUUUUCCAAAGACCUCAUGUACGCGCGUGGAAAAGCAAUGGGCGAAGAAUUCCGACGCAAGGGUGCUCAUGUACAGCUCGGGCCUAUGGUUAACGUUGCGCGCGCACCGAGCGCUGGGCGCAAUUUCGAAGGUUUCGGUGCGGAUCCGUACGUGAAUGGCGAGGGUGCAUACUAUACGACGCUCGGUGUUCAGGACCAAGGCGUACAAGCGACCCUGAAACAUUACAUUGCGAAUGAACAGGAGCAUUUCCGCAACUCGGGUUCGAGCAAUGUGGAUGGGCGGACCGAGCGCGAGCUCUACUUGCAUCCGUUUAUGCGCGGCAUUCAGGCAGGGGCCGUUUCGGUCAUGUGUGCCUACAAUUUGGUGAACAAUUCGUGGGCUUGCCAGAACUCGGAGCUGCUCAAUGGCCGCUUGAAAACCGAGCUUAAUUUCCAAGGCUAUGUCAUGUCUGACUGGGGUGCACAGCAUUCUGGGGUUGCUUCUGCACUUGCCGGUUUGGACAUGACGAUGCCAGGCCAAACCGAGUGCUGUGAGAAAAAUGUUACUUCCUACUUUUGGGGUGUCAAUCUAACGGAAGCUGUGAACAACGGCACGGUGCCCAAGUCACGUCUCGACGAUAUGGCCACGCGCGUGCUCGCUGGCUACUAUUUUUUGCAUCAGGACAAGGAUUAUCCUAAGACCAAUUUUGACUUUUUCGAUAUCCUUGAUCCCGCCAAAAAUGACGCGGUCGAUGCGACAGAGGAUCAUGAUGAAAUUUCGCGCCAUAUUGCUGCGGCUGGCACUGUGCUGCUGAAGAAUGAGAACGAUACGCUUCCGCUGCGAAAGCCCAAGAAACUCGCCAUGGUUGGAUCUGGCGCUGCUCCGCUCUACGAGGGACCGAACCGUUGGGCAGAUCGAGUGGGCUGGCCCUACGGCACGCUUGGUCAAGGCUGGGGCUCUGGCAGUGUAGACUACUCCUACUUUAUUUCGCCAUACGAAGCGAUUCAACGGCGUGCACGCAAAGACCACACUGCGGUCAACUGGUGCUUUGACGACUACGACCUUAAGACGGCGCAAAGUGUGGCCAACUAUAGCGAUGCUGCACUCGUAUUUGUUUCCUCCCUCUCUGGCGAAGGCUUUGGCUCCGUCCCAGCAAGUGAUGGCCUCAAUGGAAACAUGGGCGACCGCAACAAUAUCACGCUCUGGAACGGCGGCGAGCAACUGAUCAAAGCCGUGACGGAAGUGAACAACAACACGAUUGUUGUUGUGCACAGCGUCGGCGCAGUGUUGAUGGAGGACUGGAUUGAAAAUCCCAACGUGACGGCGGUGCUUAUGGCGCAUCUCCCGGGCGCAGAAAGUGGCAAUGCACUGGUGGAUGUCUUGUGGGGCGAGUACAACCCAUCUGGUCGGCUGCCGUAUACCAUUGCGAAGAACCGCGAGGAUUACCCUGCGGAUGUACUGUACAACAGCGAGAGCGCACAGCCCCAGAUUAAUUACACCGAAGGACUCUUGAUGGACUAUCGCGCAUUUGACAAGCACAACAUUGAGCCGCGCUUUGCAUUUGGCCAUGGAUUGUCAUACACCUCGUUCAAUUACAGCGAUCUCUCGGUCGAGUUUGUUGGGGACGAAGUGAGGAAGGAUGAUUGCCGGUGGAAUUACCGCUGGGGGAAGGAUAGGGCACCCUCGGGAUUGCCUUCGUGGAUUUUUGAGCCCAUGUACAAUAUCAGCUUCACGGUGCAGAACACGGGAAAUCGCGAUGGUCACGAAGUUGUGCAAGUGUACCUUGCGUUUCCGGAGGAGAGUGGCGAACCUCCUCUUGUGCUUCGCGAGUUUGAUCGUAUUUGGCUGUCCAAAGGACACGACCAGCGUUUGACCUUUUCGCUUUCGCAUUACGACGUUUCCACCUGGGAUAUAGCUCAGCAGCAAUGGUUGCAGCCAAAUGGUACGAUCUACGUUCGCGCCGGCGGCUCCUCACGCGCACUGCCCUUGAAGAAAAAGCUAACUUAA